AGGGAGGAUCUGGCCGGCGGCCCAACCUCCAGUCACGGAGCCGCGGCCGUGACUCUGCCCAGUGACGUGGGGCGGCCGAACUUUACGUAACCCACCCUGCACCCCACGCGUGCCCACACAGUGCACCUGGGGCGCGGGGGCCCAGGCUCGGGAAGGCGCUGCAGUCAUGGCAUCGCCCCAGAGGGGCGGCUGCCGCAGCCCACUCCCUAGUGCCCACCUCUGCAACCCAAUUACCACGAAUGGUCGUGAUACACAGUGUGUGGACAAGGCCCACUCGCCGUCCCGUGUCCCUUGUGACCUAGGGCUUUACCCUUGCCCGAGGUGGCAGGGCACUUGGGCCGGGCUAGGCGCUCAUUCCUAUGGGCAGCAAAGUGUUUGUGGAUGAAGGACCAGAGCCACUCCCCUACUCGGGCUGCUUGGAGCACUGGCCGCCACGGGCCACCACUUUUUUGCUGGUGAGGAAGCUGGGGUCUGGUGCGGCAAAGUGAAAAACCACAUCUGUAGAACCCAGGGCCGCCUGCAGGAACCGGGUUGGUCUGGGUGGUGUGACCCAUGCCUUAAGGCCAGGAGACUCCCAGAGACCAGCAUGCCAUGGGACGCCAGGCCAGGACGCAGUGCCAAUGGCGCGCCCGAGGGCGCGGGCUCAGCUCGUUUGCGGGUGCAGAAGCAGUGCAGGAAGUCGUCCUUCGCCUUUUACCAGGCAGUGCGCGACCUGCUGCCGGUGUGGCUACUCGAGGACAUGCGUGCCAGCGAGGCCUUCCACUGGGACGAGCGCGGGCGCGCCACCGCCUAUUCGCCGUCGGAGGCCCUGCUGUACGCGCUCGUGCACGACCACCAAGCCUAUGCUCACUACCUGCUGGCCACCUUCCCCCGGCGCGCCCUCGCUCCACCUAGUGCGGGUUUCCGCUGUUGCAACGCACCGGGACCGCACAUAGCUCUGGCGGUGCGCUACAACCGUGUGGGCAUCCUGCGGCGCAUCCUGCGAACUGUGCGGGAUUUCCCACUCGAAGAACGCAUGCGCCUUCUGGACCGACGUGGAUGCAGCCGUGUGGAGGGUGGUGGCACGUCGCUGCACGUGGCCUGUGAGCUUGCGCGCCCCGAGUGCCUCUUUCUGCUGCUUGGCCAUGGAGCUUCUCCAGGCCUGCGAGACGGUGGUGGCUUUACACCAUUGGAGCUGCUGCUGCGCCAGCUGGGCCGGGACGCCAGCUCAGUCCCUACUGCUGCUGAGGCCGCCUCUGCCACCGUCAACGCUGCCACCUCCAGCACCACACCGCCUGGGGAGCUAUGUCAGCGCCGCCUGCUGCUGCUUGACCUGCUGGCACUGUACACCACGGGGGGUGCUGCGGGCCCAGCUCGACGUGAGCUAUUGGGAGACCGGCUACGCUGGCAGAGGCUGCUGGGUGAGGACAAGUUCCAGUGGCUAGCAGGGCUGGCGCCACCCUCCCUCUUUGUGCGAGCUAUGCAGGUGCUGGUCACCACCAUCUCACCCGGCCGCUUCCCCGAGGCCUUGGAUGAGCUGCCUCUACCACCCUUUUUGCAGCCAUUGGACCUCACAGGCAAAACCUAGACUCAAGGGCACCCUUGGCAUAUUUGGGGACAGAAGUAUUUUUGAGAGUAUUGUACCCAGCACUUUACAUAUAUGGAUCUCUGACUGUA